UCUUUUUAUAAAUAGCAACUAAUUGCUAUAAAAUAACUCAACUUGUAUAUACCCAUUAUCUAAACUACAUACCCCGCACCCUCUGGCAGAAGUACAGUGCGCACGAUGUGACGUCACGCCCUGGACGUCGCGGUGCGUCUGCGUCGUCUGCUCGAAGUAAACAAGGCAGUGUCACCAUCGUCACCAUGGAGGUCGGCCAGGGACAAGGGGGGCCUGGCUCCCAAACCAUCACGCUUAUGAAGAUCGGCCAUUACCAGAUCGGGAAUACUCUGGGCUCAGGAACCUUCGGAAAAGUGAAGUAUGGAGAACACAUUCUCACUGGAACAAAAGUUGCGAUUAAGAUUCUUAACCGCAAAACCAUCAAGAAUCUGGACAUGGUCAGCAAGAUUAAAAGGGAGAUUACCAACCUUAAACUCUUCCGUCAUCCCCACAUCAUCAAGCUCUACCAGGUAAUCAGUACACCAACUGAUAUCUUUAUGGUGAUGGAAUAUGCUUCAGGAGGAGAAUUGUUUGAUUACAUCAAGCAAAAGGGUAAACUGAAAGAAUCAGAGGCACGUAGAUUCUUCCAGCAGAUUAUAUCUGGUGUUGACUAUUGCCAUCGCCACAAUGUUGUGCACAGGGAUCUCAAGCCAGAGAACCUUCUUCUUGACCAUAACCUUCAUGUGAAAAUUGCUGACUUUGGUUUGUCUAACAUUAUGGUUGACGGAGAAUUUUUACGCACAAGCUGUGGAUCCCCAAAUUAUGCUGCACCUGAAGUUAUAUCUGGAAAACUGUAUGCAGGUCCAGAGGUGGAUGUAUGGUCCUGUGGCAUCAUCCUGUAUGCUCUCCUUUGUGGUACACUACCAUUUGAUGAUGAGCAUGUGCCAACACUCUUCAAAAAGAUCAAAUCUGGUGUAUUCCAGAUCCCAGAUUAUUUGAAUCAGAGUGUUGUUCGCUGUUUGUUGCACAUGCUUGUUGUUGAUCCUAUGAAGCGUGCUACAAUUGAUGAUAUCAAGAAGCAUGAAUGGUUCCAAAAGGAUCUUCCAGCUUAUCUGUUCCCACCUCCUCAUGACCAUGAUAGUUCUGUUGUUGAUCAGGAUGCCAUAACUGAAGUCUGUGAUAAAUUCCAAGUUAGUGCAAGUGAGGUACAAAAUGCUCUUCUCUCUGAGGACCAGCACAACCAACUAAAGAUUGCCUACAAUCUGAUUGUAGAUAACAAGCGCUUUGCUGAUGCUAAUGCCUUGUACAGCUCCAUAGUUAGCCAGAACAAUCCAACCAUCUUUACUAGCACAUCUUCAAGCAAGAGGGUGAGUGACUGCGGAAGUGUCAAAGCAGUUUCAGCAGAGGAAGGUAAACAAAGUAUCUCAGCUUUCUACACAACUGGGUCACCUCCCCCGGCUCCGCCUACUCCAUCAUUUAGUCCUUCAGAUAGUAGUGCAGUUCCCUUCAGGCCACACCCAGAGAGAAUAGCACCUCAUCUUGGUGUUGGCAAGAUCCAUGCUGAAAUGCUAGCAUCUUUGCGUGAAAGAGCACUGAGUGGUGAUCGUGGGCUACCCAAAGGAACGCCAGUUAAACGUGCUAAAUGGCAUCUAGGUAUUCGAUCACAGAGCAAACCACUGGAUAUUAUGAGUGAAGUCUACAAGGCUAUGAAGGUUCUUGGAUUUGAAUGGAAGGUUGUGAAUCCUUUCCAUGUGCGUGUUCGCCGAAAGAAUCCAGUAAUUGGAAGCUAUGUACAUAUGGCUCUACAGCUGUACCAGGUUGACUACAAGUCACAUUUGCUGGACUUCAAGAUUAUAUGUAAUGAGCCUGCAGAUCUGGUGCCACUGGAAAAGAGGAAUAAUCAAGAUGAAGUCCAGACGCAGGGACAUCACGUCAUGGAAUUCUUUGAAAUGUGUGCAGCUCUAAUCACCGAACUAGCUCGUUAAAAGCUGCACUUCCUAUCAAUAGUCCUGAUGUGCCUAAAACAUUUAUGAUUUGGAUCUCUUACUUGUAACAUCAGUGCAAUGUUGCGAAAUCCAUUUAGAUAUCUAGACAGGAAUGGUAUGUACAUAUAUAUACACACAUAUCUCUCAAUAUUCCUUUUUUAUGCAAUUAUAAGUAUACACUUUACUUAUAAAGUUAAAUGUAAAGAUUGUCACCAUUUGUUUUUUCUACAUCUAUAAUGCUGUUUAGCUACUUGCUUUAUUCUGUUUUAAAGGUAUUGCAGUACUUUAGCUGUAUUUUCUCUUAGUUUUCAAAUGUUCAGAGCUUAAUCAUUACAAUUAAAAGAUAAACUAGAUUGAUUAUAACUAAACCAUAUGAUUAUGUUUAUGUCCAUAGGGAAGAUAAAGAUUUUGGUUCAGUAAUUAGGUUAACAAGUAUAUAAAAUAAGACAUUUUGGUACACAAAAAUAAAUGCUUGUGAUCCUUUGUUCUAUACUAAUACAAGUAGUUAUAAGAUAAAAUAAAUCAUGCACUGCAGUUUUUGCUUGUUGAGAUUUAUAACUAUUACUUAUUUCAAUUUGUAUUUCUUUUUGUAUCUUUUCAUGCCAAUUGUAAGUUUAUAUUUUAUCCUUAAAAAUUUUUAUCAAGAAAAAGUUUUGGUAGAUGCAUUGCAGAUCAUAUUUAUAUAAUGUAAAUAUUAAAAAAAUAUGUAUUUAUAUUAUAUGCUUUACAUACUUCUAAAUUGUAUAAUCAAAUUCUUACCUGUAUAAUUUUUUGAAUUGGUACUAAAUGAAUUCUUUUAAAUAUAUACACCAUGAUUAAAUUCAGUUUAUUAAAGUACCAGAAAGCUAGGCUUAUUACAUAUAAUGAUGUGUCAUAUACUAAUAAGUAUAACAGAUAUGUAACUUGAGCAUAUCAACAAAUUUUUAAAAAUUAAGGCAUAAGUCCUCUUUUCAAAGGGAUGUGGUGUAUCACAGCUUUCUGAUUAUGUAAAUAAAAUGUGGUACAGUAUUGUACAUAAAAGUG